AUUCAGCAGCAAGUUUUUAACGCCCUUAAAGAUAACGGGUUCAUUCUUAGCAGAGAACCUGCCGACCUAGACUUAAACUCAAUAGAUCAAAGAUUCUUAGUAAUUCUAACAGCACAUAAAACACCCAAAGAGACUCUUUUAUUAGUAAGAAAAAAAAUCCAGCUACCAAAAUACACAUCAGUGAAUGUAACAGACCCUAACAUGCAAUUUAAUUGGUUGGAAAAUCUUAAAACAGCCGUUAAAAAUGACGGCAACGUAGCUGUAUACUCACUAAAUGAACCUUUGAGUGGAAUUCUGGGUUUAGUGAAUUGCCUAAGGCGUGAGCCAAUGGGGGUAAACGUCAAAACGUUUUUUAUGGUUGAUGAUCAAACCCCAGAGUUUGAUUUGGACCAUCGGUUUUAUUCAGAACAGUUCGCCAAGAAUAUGGGAAUUAAUGUUUUUAAAAAUGGCGUAUGGGGUACAUACCGGCAUUUAUUACUAGAUGAACUGCCGCAAGUGGAAAGUGAACACUGUUUUGUUAAUGUAACUACCAGAGGUGAUUUGUCAAGCUUAAGGUGGAUAGAAGGUCCGUUAAGACACGAUACAAUCUUGAGACCAGAAAAUAUUCUUGUUCAUAAUUACUAUGCUGCACUGAACUUUAGGGAUAUAAUGACUGCCUCUGGUAAAAUCAACGUGGAUGUGAUAACUCAAGACAGAACUGGACAAGAAUGUGUCCAAGGUUUCGAAUUUUCCGGAAGAGAUACCAGUGGUAAAAAAGUUAUGGGUAUGGUAGUACAUGGAGCCAUGUCCACCAUAGUAGCAGCUGAUACAUAUUUACUAUGGGAUGUUCCAGAUGUUUGGUCUCUGGAAGAAGCUGCCACUAUACCAGCUGUAUAUGGAACCAUACUGUAUGCUUUCGUAAAGAGAGCAAAACUAAGGAGAUCAGACAGUGUUCUAAUACACUCAGGAACUGGUGGUAUAGGGCAAGCAGCUAUCAACUACUGCCUUAACUUUGGUUGUACAGUGUAUACUACUGUUGGGACGCAUGAAAAAAGAGAAUUUUUGAAGAAACGUUGGCCUCAACUAAAAGAUCAUCAUAUUGGAAACUCGAGAAAUACAUCAUUUGAAGGCUUGGUAAUGCAGCAAACUAAUGGUAGAGGUGUUGAUAUUGUUUUGAAUUCGUUGGCAGAAGAAAAAUUACAAGCAUCUAUACGUUGUCUAUCUUAUGGUGGAAGGUUUGUGGAAAUUGGAAAAUUUGACUUAGCCAAUGACACUCCACUUAAACUGCAAUUACUAGAAAAAGAACAAUCAUUUCAUGGAAUCAUGUUGGAUCAACUUUUCACUGAAAGUCCUGUAUUAAAGAAAGAGAUAAAAGAGUUGAUUUUGGAAGGAAUAGAAAAUGGUUCUGUUAUACCUUUAACGAGAACUGUUUUUAAAGACGAUGAAAUGGAGAAAGCGUUUAGAUUUAUGUCCAGUGGUAAACACAUUGGCAAAGUAUUGCUUAAAAUCAGAACUGAAGAAAAGGAGGAGAUUGUUGUGCCAAAACCCCGACUCUUUAAAGGCAUUCCUAGAUAUUUUUGCGACCCAGAUAAAUCUUACAUUAUCACAGGAGGAUUAGGAGGUUUUGGACUGGAGCUAGCUGAUUGGAUGGUACUACGAGGUGCUAGAAAGUUAGUUCUUACAUCUAGAAGUGGUGUUAAAACUGGGUAUCAAUCUUUGAGGAUUAGAACAUGGAAAUCUUACGGCGUACACGUAAAAAUAUCUACAGCAGAUAUAAAAACCAAAGAGGGAUGUAUACAAUUGAUAAACGAAGCUGAAGAUUUAGGUACGGUCGAAGGUAUUUUCAACCUAGCUGUGAUUCUACAAGAUGCAAUACUUGAAAAUCAAAAUAUAGAAUCGUUUAGGACUUCUUUCGGUCCUAAAGCUUUGGCUACAUUUAAUUUAGAUGAAGUGACAAGACUUAUGUGUCCAGAGUUGAGGGAUUUCGUUAUAUUUUCUUCAGUAUCGUGUGGUAGAGGCAACCCUGGACAAACCAAUUACGGAAUGGCAAACUCCAUAAUGGAAAGGAUCUGUGAAAAACGCAGAAAUGAAGGCUUCCCAGCUUUAGCAGUAGAAUGGGGGGCAAUAGGAGAGGUGGGUUUGGUGGCUGAAAUGCAGGAAGAACACUUCGAAAUGGAAAUCGGUGGAACUUUACAACAAAGAAUCUCAAGUUGUAUCAAAGUGUUGGAUCUUUUCUUAAGACAAAAAUCACCCGUUGUAUCCAGCAUGGUUGUUGCAGAAAAACGAGGCGGAGUAGGCGUGGCAGACAACGUGGUCGAUGCUGUUGCCAACAUAAUGGGAAUUCGCGAUUUGAUGUCCAUCAGCUUGCAUUCGAAUCUAGCGGAGUUAGGUAUGGACAGUAUGACGGCCGUGGAGAUCAAGCAGACAUUGGAGAGGGAAUUUGAUGUGUAUUUAACAGCUCAAGAUAUUAGGAGCAUGACUUUUGCUAGACUCCGAGACAUUCAAACCGAAAAGGAAAACGAAGUGGAAGGCGCUGAUAAAAAAGACAAAGCCUUGGUAGGCAUGGACAUGCUCAUUCGUCUUAUGGGAGACGAAGAGGAAAUAAACAUACCUGUCCUAAACUUACCGUCAAAAUUAAACAAUCAUUUCAAUGAAAACACCAAAAAAGUACUUUUAUUUCCUGGUAUAGAAGGCGUUGCAACUGUACUGAGCCACCUCACGAAAAAUCUUGAAGCUGAAACAGUUGGUUUACAGUAUUGCUAUUCUGACCAAGCUGACACUUUAGUUGAAAUGGCUGAAAAACUAUUUGUAACUGUCAAAACCAUUAUAAAAAAAUCCGAACCUUUUAACAUAAUAGCAUAUUCCUUUGGUGCUAUAAUGGCAAUGGAGGUUAUAGGGAGGUUAGAAAAAGAGGGUUAUAGCGGAAAAUUUAUAUCGAUAGAUGGAGCUCCUUCCCAAUUACUUGAAUUUACAACUUUACUUGAUGUUAAAUCUGAGGCUCAUUUUGAAACUAGUCUUAUAAUGCAUUUGAUGGCCCUACACGUACCAUAUGAUAUUGUCUCAAAAAGUAGGGAGGCUCUCUUUAAAUGCAACACAUUUGAAGACAAGCUGAAAAAAGCACAAGAGGUAGCUGGCCAAGACAGUCCUCAUUCGCCUGAACAUCAGCGUAUGUGUGCCAUAGCCGUCUAUAAGAGAAUAAAAGGUUUACUUACGUAUAUCCCAACGUAUGAUUCUAUAAACACAAAAACCUGGCUUUUCAAACCUACCCAUAAUUCGAUGCAUAUUCUGAGAGAUGACUACAGUUUGAAUGAAGUGGUUUCAAAUGAGGUUAUAGUAAAAUUGUUUGAAGGAAAUCAUGUCACUAUACUGGAUAAUAGUGAUUUGGGGGCUUUUAUAAGCAAAAUUAUUAAUGAUGAUGGUGAUGAUCAUCAAGAAAAUGUGGAAGUUGUUCAAGAUGUUAAAGAACCAUUGAUUGUUAUAGAUGAGCUAAGACAAAUAUCAGUCGAUGAUAGGAAUAUUUAGUUUAAUGUUUUAUAGAAGUUAAUUUUUAAGUUUAAACACUAUAUUAAGCUAAUUGUUUUUUAAAAUCCUAUUUGUAAUAAUUUUAUUUUUGUUUUUAUUCAUAAAGAAAAUAUUAA